AUGCAGUCUUUGGUUGAUCCGGCCAAGGCUGCAUGCGCUGGGUCUGGCGAUGGCAAGUCCAAAUGGAUGCGGCUGUCAAGCAAAUGGACAGCUGAAUUUCUUUUGGAUCCUGCAUGCCCAGAGGACCUGGAGAUAGCCUUGGACAUUUUGACGGCAAUCAACUUGACAGACUUAGAUGCAGCCCCAGACCGUCGCAUUGUCACAGGGUUGCCGCUGCGAAUGCAAGGCGUUAAAUGCGGUCUCACCAACAAUACCAAGCAAGAGUUUCUUCAUGCUGACGAGCUCAUGGCACUUUUCGUGCAAGUGAGCCAAGCAGGGGUUCACUUGGACAUGGGCACCUGGUUUGAUUUUUUUUUCGUGGCAGUGCACGAAGGCCGUGUGGAUGAUAAUCUUCGCACUGGGGAAUUUCAUGUGGACUUUGGCAAGUCGAACAUCAGCUGCUCCGGCUGA